AUAAGUUACUAGAUCUAGUUAGUUAUUGAGGAAGUACAAAUCCUGAUGUGAAGUUCCCUGAAAAAUGAUCUUGCAAGAAGCUAAAGUUUGUGUUAAAGCAUCCUGUAGAGCUUACAAAAAAAAUAACUUUGAAGCCAGACUGCUUUCUAUAUUUCAUAGUAUAGCAUUUAAACAUACCUUUUCCAUACAUUUGAAAAACAAUUUAGAAUUAUCUACAAGAGCUUCAAUUCAUAACCAAAACUUGAAUCAAUGCAUCCAGAAAACUCACUUCUAUAGGUGUAAAAAUAAAUAUUUUGAAAUUAAGCAUUGUUUUUCCAGCUUUACCAGAUUAAAAUUACAUUGCCCUCAGUGGCUAAGAUUUGAUAUUCCAAAAUGUUUUUCCACUUCUAAAGUUCCUAAUGAGAUAACAUUGGAACAGAACAAUUGUAAUAGUAUUUUAGAGAGUACAGAAAAUGGAUUUCUUGACAGUAUUGACAAUGCUAGGAAACCAGAAGAAAUACUUGCUCUGACAAAGUCUUUUUUGAAUGCUGGGAAGUUGCGAUCUCAUCAUCUUGUGCCUAUAUUAGUCAAAUACAGAACUUUAGUGUACUGUGGAAUGGUUCCAAAUUUCACUGUUAAAGAUGAAGGUAUUCAGAAAAAACAAAUACGCUUAAAUUUAUUAAGCCAGAAGAUGGUGGAAGAAUUUGUCUUUCACCCAGAUUUUCAAGAACUGUUACAGUUUUCUGAAAGCCAAAUUCAUUUAUUAACAUUACAGGAAAGUGUUUUAAUUCUAAAUGCCUUACAGUGGUUUGAAUUGACAACUAAGGAUUCUAUUUUUCAGGAGCUUAAAUUAAAAUGUAUUGACAAUAUUCAUGAAAUGAGUCUUCCGCAGCUUGCAUUUUUUUCUUCAAGUCUUACUGAUUCCUUCGACUAUUCUGCAAUGAGUAAAGUGGUGGAAAAAGCAAAACAGAUCAUUUUUGAAGAUGACAGACAUGUUGAUUUAAAUGACAUUUGUGUUAUAUUUUCAAAUGUAAGAAAAGUCGUCAGCUCUGAGUUGUAUAUUGCUUGUGCCAAAAAAAUGGUGUCAAUUCUUAAGCAAAAUCCAUCUCAGAUGUCUCUUGAGAACUUGAUAAAAUUAAUAUACUUUGCACACAUAUCUGAAAAUGAAUGCUUGGAAAUAAUAAUCAAUGCACUGUUAAGUUUUCCACCUGAGUCUUUUAAAAAAAUUGACAUUGGGACAUCAGGUUUAACACUUGAUGUUGCCUUGUUUUUAAAUGGAGCUCCAUGGCAAUGCCAGCAGCUGAAAAAAAUGUCUGCAUCUUGUGCCAAUGAGCUGUGCACAGAGAACUCCUUACCAGUUCAAGAUGUUGUGAAAUUAAGCUUGGCCUGCAAUAAGUACAUCAUUAACAAUAAUAAACAAGCUGCGGAGAAACUUGCUAUCUGUGUUCAAAAUUUAGAUAAUUUCCUUUUUACAGAGUAUCUUCAGCACUUCAAAAACAUGUGGCCUUUAAAACUAAAUUUAGCUCAAGCCUUCCAGGAUAGACUUGUUAAAUUUCUUCAAGAAUUAGAGGAGCAUGACUUCAACCAUUUCAUUUUACAGGAUGAGACUGAACUAGCCCUUCUUAUACUUAGAUAUUAUCAAAAACUUCAACAAAUAGGGCUUCCAGUAGAUAAGACAAUAGAGAAUGUGGUUAAAAGGCUAACAAAGUUUCAUGUGUAUACUUGGUGUUGGCCAAAGCAUCUAGCUCUACAUGUUGUAACAGAUGCAGUGGAGAAACUAAGCUUAAACAGUGCCCUGUUCUCUGGGUACCUGACAACUGUGUUGAAAGUGUUGAGAUGUCUAGAUCUGGAUGAACUUAUUAUGUUCAAUCGAGAUGUGGAAAGUAUUUUGAUGUCUAGAGAUAAUUCUAAGACUGUCAAGUUUCAAAGCUUUCAAAUACGCAAGACCAUAUCAGAGAUAUUCCACAGUCACCUAAACCAGGCCAACCGGCUAUCCCCUGCAUUGAUCACCCAUAAGGCCAUCCCUCCCUCUCUCCUCUAUGAAACUAAACCCGGGCUUCUGGAACCACUUUUGUGUAGUCUGCCGAGGUUUACAUGCGAUAGGGAGGAAAUCAAUUGCAUGAGAGCUUUGCGGAUACUGGAGUUGACAGCAGAAAAAUUUCAAGUCUAUCAGGAAGAUACAUUUGAAAACCUCCUAGCUUAUGUCAUCACAAAUCCUAAUGAAGGUAUUUACUCCAAGUUCCAGUAUGUUAAAGCAGCGUCCUACGCAGCCUACAUGCCCAUGAACAGUAAUUGCUUCAUUAGCAUGUGUCAGCAUCUGUGUCAGGAUAUAAUUCAAGCUGAUUUGCUUGAAAAACGUUUACAGGUUGAACUUGCUUAUAGCCUUUCUCUUUUUGGAAUCUACUUUGACAUGUUUCUGAACAGGAUAUUCACAGUAGACUUUUUAUCCAAACUAGAUGAGGAACUGGCAGAUCUGAGUUUGAAAGGAGCCCUAAGGAUCAGAAAUAUAAUGAUUACAUUGAGCCAAAGUGUUGCAUUAGAGUGUCCACAUCUUUCUAUAUAUCGGAUCAAUAACAAUACAAAAUUACCAAAGCUAGCAAGUGAUGCGACCUCAGUAAUUGAAAAAAUGUACCACAGCCUGGCACGCCUCUGUGGGAGUACUUGUUGGGUUCAGAUGUUUGGUGAAAGCUCUUAUGGACACAAGAUAGAUGCUGUCCUGUAUGUUCAAGAUAAAUUAAUACUUGUCACGCCAGAAGAAGGGGAGCAAAAGUUCAAAGCUGGAGAAAACAUUGACAGAAUAGCUGUGUUGUACCUAGGCAAGGGCCGCUACUGUAUGAACAGUGAUCAUUUGAAUGGCCAAAUUACUGCAAAGAUUAGACAUUUGGAGAUGUUAGGAUACAUCAUUGUACUGGUGCCUUACUCUGAUUUGUCUUCCAUGGUGCAUCAGACUGACAACGGUCUUGACCGAUACCUCCAGAACAAGAUCAAUGCUGCUGUGGGAUGUAAUCUGUUGAACAAACAACUGGAUGAAUUCAGCUGAACACCCUGAGGUAGCUUUUGGCUGACAUGGUUUGUACUUCAGACUGUUGACCUAAUGAUCAGUGGUUUCAAUCCUGUUGACUUACAGAGUGCUAUCAUCUCAAUUGAGCUUAAAUAAGACUUGAACUUUCAUUAGGAUGUUACCGUAAACUCCUGGUGGAAGGGAGAAAUUCAGUAUUGUUCUACCCUUAGCAAUAAUGGUUGCUAUUUGUCUAAAAAGUAUUCAAUAAUGAUUAGGUUAUGAUAUUACUACCUUGAUGUUCAUUCCUUGAUACAAGUGAACCGUGUUAUAUAAAGAAUAGGCAUUUUUUAUGAAAUUGUAAUCUUUUUUUUUUUCAAAUGGAUACUUUAGUCAUGUAAGAAGCUGGUUCUAGGUAUGAUUAGAUUUUAACUAUUGUUAUAUCUAACUUUUUAAAAAUAUGUUUACUUUAAUCUUUUGAUAUGUAAAAUCAGUGUUUCUCAAACCUUUAUUAGUAGCAUCCCCCACAAAAAUUUCAUUCAUACCAUCAAUAAAGUCCCAAAGUUUUAUAAAUGUUAAAAAAAAAAAAAAAGAAAGAUGACAUUAUAACACAAUUUUUCAUUUUUACUUUGAGUACCCAAUCAAUAUUUACAAUAUGUUUGGAAUCCAAAUUCAUGUAGUGAAUGUUCAGUAAAACUAGUCCACUUAGUCUUUUUUUUUUUUCUGGAAAGGUUUUUUUUUGUAGAUCAUUUUUUAAUAUUUUGUAUUUGAUGGCAGCAUGUUCCCCAACCCCUCCACUAUAACAUCUGGAGGAGAGAUGAAAAAAAAAAUCCACAUUAGUUUGAGGCAUACUCCUGACCAUGGCAUUUUCCUGUAUUAUGAUCUUCAGAAAUUCAAUCUCCUGGCAUCUACAAUGCACUUUUUCUCUUAGUGAUAUGAGGGCAAGGUAAUAAAAAGGGUGACGUAAAAAGAGGUGGGGUGGGACGAUAUUGAAGUAUAGGUGAAAUAUACAUGCACCUGGUGUCUAGAUUGCACUGUUCAUCCUAGUAAAAAGAAAAUAUGCAGAUCAAAUAAAGGAGACAGAACUUGCUAGUACUAUUAUGUGAGGGUAAAUGGAGGUAUAUUGCUUAUACUUCUUUAAAGGGCAUUAUCAUCAUAUCAUCUUCAUGUUAAGUUAGGCGUCUUGUCGCUGGCCUUUUUUGUCAUGCAAAAGUUAUCAACAGAAUAAUAGACAACUAUCAAAGAUGCAACCAUUUAGACAUAAGAAAGUUCAUGUCAGGGAAGACAUUUUGAAAUGUUUUGAGUCUUUAUUGUUGAAUUUAAAUUGACAGACUUCAUGGCCCCCCCCCCAUACCCCUUUUGGGGUCUCAUAGCAUUAUGUAACAAAGUAUUCCUGUACCUUCACAUUAUAAUCUUUGUGUUACAACCUUGACAUUAUUUAUAAUCUUGAUGCUAGAAAGUUAGUGAAAUGUUUGUUUUCAUUUAUUAAUUUUUAAGCAUACAUCUGUAAAUCAGUGGCUCAUGACAAAAGCUUAACACCAAAGGUUUCUGGUUUACUCUUCAAUGCGUAGGUUGUUGUUUUUUAUUAGUGUGGCAGGCAGUUUUUUAAAGUGUGGUUAAAAAAAAAAAGAUCAAAAUCUCUGUUCUACAUGAUCAAUAGAUGUUGUGAAAGAAAUAACAUAAUUAAUUGUUUUGAUAUUAGAAUAAUUUGAAUAAAAGAAUUGUAUUAGAACUAUAAUGAUCAGAUACAAAUUUUAUGUUUAAAUUUAUAGAUCGUCAAAGUAAAAGCAUGCAAUGGUAACUAGAAGCCUGCACUAACAUCUGGAUGGUCCCUGGUUUGAGUCGUCCCUUCAGCCAUCCCCUAAAACCCUCCGGAAGUUUGGGACUAGGAAGUAUAAUACAUUUUAAUUCUGAAGGGACAUUUCAAAAUGUAAAACAGACCAGAACUUUGCAUAACUGUCUUGCUGUUUUCUUGAGUGUAUCUCCAAUGAUUAUUGGAUGGAAAUGUGAUUUAUCUUGUAUUGGUAUUCAAUGAAGGAGAUUUUGAUACACUUAAGUUUUGUAAACCAAGUUUUUGAUUUAGAGGUGCCCAUGUCUUUCAACAAAUAUAUUCAAUAGUUAAUUUUUAAAAGUAACAUUGAUUUGUUUAUAUGCUCAUGGUCUAGGACAGUGUUUUCCAAAUUGUGUAAACAGAGGCCUGAAUAGGUGUUCCACAAACUACUGGAAUAAUUAACUAGUAAGCCACCACUUGCAUUCACCUCUCUAAAAAAAAUGAUUUUAAUGUUCUGCUUAAUACUUAAUAUGUGCGACAUGUUUCCUUAAGGAAAAAGUUUGGUAAAUACUGGUCUAGGAUCUGAUGAUUACAACCAAUUUCUUUCUGUCACCAAAUCUCAAUGUAAUUUUCCAUUGAAGCUAUUAUGGGCCAAAAAGUUGCCCCCCACUUUUGAGAUAAAAGGAUUAAAACAUGGGGCAUUGUUGUUUUUUUGCCAUUGCUUUAAUCACCAUGAUUUAUUUCCACUUCAGAUUAUAAUAAAUACUAUAAUUCAAGUGUUUAGGAGUUUCAAAAAUAGCUAUUUCCAGUCUGUAAAUUUUCAUAUUUUAAAAUUUGUAGUUUGUGUGAUAAAAUAAUAUCAAAGAUGAUGAUAUGUCUGAUGUUUGAUACUAAUCUUGAGAUUGUGUUGAAAAGUAAGCAUUCAUCAUCAAUGAUUGCAUAUAUAUAUGUUUUUUGUUUUAUUACAAUUUGUGUUUUAUAAUGUCAUUAAAAAAUACAUUGAACAUGUUGUAAUUAUUACAUAA